AUGGGGUGGUUGUUGGCCCGGGUAGGGCUGCUGCUGCUGAGGCUCAUGGUGCGCGGUAAAGCCCUCGACUAUUGGCAGCAAGACCGGGAAGUGCUGUUCUGUUCGGCUGUGCGGGCCAGCAAUCUCUGGACAGGUACAGCCAGCAGCAAGAUGGCAGCGGCAAGCAUGCAACCGCACUUUGUCUACAAACUGACAACCAAGGAGGACGAAGCCACCUCGACCACACCCGGGUUUCUUCGCAAUGCCCUCGAUGCCAAGGACGGCUACGUACACAUGUCUCGGGCGCACGCUGUGGCACCCGUGGCCAAUCGCUUCUUUGCAGACGCCCCCGCUUUGACAGUGCUAAAGGUGAACCCCUUGAAGCUACAUGACGGAGGUGAAGUGCGAUGGGUGACUGAGCCGCCAGCACCAGAAGAUAUUACGGUCAGUCUCAAAGCCAUCCGCGUGUUUUUUUGUCAAGGUCCUUUCCAAUGA